GCGGCUGGACGCGGGCCCGCGGGUGGGGGCGGGGGACAGGCCCCGACGCUGCGGCCCCCGGCGCACCUACCCUCACUGCCCGGGCCUCCCUCGUCCGACUGCCGACCGGCCCGGGUUCGGGGGCCGCCGGCCCUCCUUGCCUACCCCCGGCCUCGGAGCUGCAGGCCCUCGCAGGAGAGGGGGUGUGGCCGCGCCCCGCGGGGGUGCAGGGAGGAAGGCUACGCAGGGGAGGUGGCGCCCGCAGCAGGUCUCCGGGAGCUGGCGGAGUGUCUGUCGGCAGGUGCGGGGAAGCGGUGCUCAGUGCUUCAUCUGCCUUUUCCACGCUUCUUCAUCAGGCCGACCGGUACCUCCCCCUGUUGUGGUUAGGGAGCUGAAGCCUCAGAAGCUGCCCGAGGCAGGCACGCAGUCGGUGCUAGAGUCGGAAGUGGAAUACCCAAGCCGCCACUCUGUCGUCCCCGCGCACGGCCUGGCGCGCUGCACCUGUACGCACCUGUACGGGAAGUGCCUGCCUCACAUCCUCUGAGCAUCUUCUGUCUCAGCUCUGAACCCCUCGGCCCUCUGAGGGAAUACGGCUGGGUAAAUGGCUCAGCCCCUACCUGCUGGGUUGUGUCCACCUGAACCAGUCGACUGCAAAUGCAAAGCAGAGCGCUCCAGUGGGUGGCUCGGGCUCUCCGGAGGAGGGAGAGGUGGCAGUCAGCUCGAGCCGCUGAUUGCAUCAGGAAGGCGGCUGAGUUGAGCUGGGCAGGGAUUCGCGAGAUCAAUGAAGGACAUUCCAGGUCUGGGACGCUGAAGCGAGGACUCACAGGAUUCUGCUCUGCCCCUCGGCUCUACAUUUGAUGGCUGGGAUCCCAGGGAUCUUGUUUUCCUCAGAUUGUUGUUAACUCCUGUUUUCAUCAUGUGAAUUCUUCCUGGGGCCGCAUCACCAUCCUAUAACUGGGAGUUCCAAGAAAUCUCAGUUGAGUGUCAGAUUCUCUCCCUGCAGAAUUCUCCAAUCAUGGUGGAGUGUGGACCAUUUGGCAUACCUCUUUUUGGCAUGAUACUCUGCUGACAAAUCUCUCUGCACAUAGGUGCAAUUUUUCCAUUUCUGGAAACAAACCCUGCUGCCUCUCUUCAGAGCCAUCAAGCCUGUACCCAAAAGUGUCUCCCAGUCUUGGAAUACCCAAGUUCACUUGGACUCUCUGCUUUGUUCCGGAAAUACGUGGGCCUCAGCUCAGGCAGUGUCAAAACAGUCUGGGCCUGUAGAUCUCCCAGGAGACCAAAACUUGUUUUCCUCACCCGCAAAGCUGGACUCAUCUGUUGGAUUGGAGAGCAUUUCUUUACUUCUGUUAUCUUCCUUAUAAUAUUCCCAUGACUCAUAUUCUGAGCCGUUUAUGCUGGCAUGCCUCCAUUCCUGGUACCUUCCACUGUCUCUCCCCAAGUCCUGCUAUAGCUAGCUGUUCUGUAGCCCAGGCCCCAAGAAUGGUUCCUGUGGCAGCAGCUGGUGUCAUCUCAAGAGGUAGUGACAUUUGAGGAUAUGACCAAAGAUUGGAAGUAUUCAGAAGCCUCUGGGAAAGACUACUGCAGGGGAAGAUGUUAGAUAGUUAUGAGAACGUGGUCCCUGAGGACUCCUUCUUGCAGUUCUCCAUGAUGCCCCAGAAAGCUGGAAGUAACCCCUCUGGCAUUUCCAAUGCAAGUGAUACGGAAAUGGAGAUACAUAACAUGAGAGAAAAGUUUCUCAUAAGCGUGACAAAGUUAGUAGAAAGCAAAAGUUACAACAGCAAGGUAUUUUCCAAAGAAAAGUACUUUCAAACAAUAAAGGAAGUCAAAGAAGCUAAGGAGAAGGGAAAGAAGUCAUCACGUGACUACCGCCGUGCAGCAAAAUACGACGUGAUCUCCGUGCAAGGCACAGAGAGACUAAUAGAAGCUACUCAUGGAGAACAUGAUCGAAUACGGUAUUACGUGCAUAAGGAAGAGUUGUUUGAUAUUCUCCAUGAUACGCAUCUCAGUAUUGGACAUGGAGGGCGGACACGCAUGCUCAAGGAGCUACAAGGAAAAUACGGCAAUGUCACCAAAGAAGUCAUUGUCUUGUAUCUGACACUGUGUAAACAAUGUCACCAGAAGAACCCAGCACCUAAGAGAGGUCUUGCCCCCAAGCCCAUGACUUUUAAGGACGUUGACUCCAGAUGCCAGAUUGAAGUACUUGACAUGCAGUCAAAUGCUGAUGGUGAGUUCAAGUUUAUUUUAUAUUACCAGGACCACUUGACCAAGUUUAUUAUUUUACGGCCACUAAAAGCGAAACAGGCUCAUGAGGUGGUCAGUGUCCUAUUGGAUAUCUUCACAAUUCUUGGUACACCUAGGAUGUUAGAAUCUGGCAGUGGCGUAGAGUUCACAAACCAGGUUGUUCAUGAGCUCAAUGAGGUAUGGCCGGACCUAAAGAUUGUCUGUGGUAAGCACCACCCUGGCCAAGGCCCAGGCUCCCUGGAGCGAGCAAGCCAUGAUGUUAAGAACAUGGUAAAUGCCUGGAUGCAGAGUAACCGCUCACGUCGCUGGGCCGAAGGCCUGAGAUUCAUGCAGAUGGUGAAGAAUCAGCUGUUUGACGUUUCCUUACAGCAGAGUCCAUAUGAAGCGAUGUUUGGUUUUAAGGCCAAACUCGGGCUGUAUUCAUCACACUUACCCCGGGAAACUGUGGCCGUUUUACAAACAGAGGAAGAGCUGGAACUUGCUGAAGAACAGCUAGAAAGUAGCCUUUGGGUCAGGCAGGAAGAAAGGGCUGAGGUUGGGGCAGACCGAUCUGAUAUGGAUGAGGACCUCGAUCCCACUGCUCCAGAAGCUGCAGAACCCAGCACCUCACAGGGGGCCCCGGGUCUCUUCUGCUGGUGAGAGGGCACCUGCUGAGUGGGCAUCCAUGGCAUCCGUGGGCCCUGCACAGCCAUGUGGGAACUGGUGCCAUACUCCCCAGGGAAAGGGAUAUGAAGGCUGCCCUCUGGUUGGUCAUAUUGUCCGUGGCAGUCCUUGCUCAAAGGACUGGGGAAAACCAGGUCAGGUUUGGGACCUCGGGCCUCCAUAACAAAUGUUCACAAACCUGGCAACCUAAAACAAUAGGAAUUUAUUCUCUCACCAUUCUAGAGGCCAAAAGUUCAGAAUCAGUAUAUCAGCAGGGUCUCUUCCUUCUGGAGGCUCUGAGGAAGAAUCUAUUCGAUGUGUCUCUCCUUUCUCUGGUGGCUCCUGGCAACCCUUGGUGUACCUUAGCUUGUAAAAUAAGUCCAGUCUCUGCCUCAUCUUUGUGUGGGUCUUUACAUGGCCUCCCUUCCUUGACUGUGUGUGUUCUCCUUUGUCUUUUACAAGGACACCGUUGGAUACCAAAUCUGUGUCACUGGGUUUAAGGCCCACCUCAAUCAAGGAUGAUCUCAUCUCGAGAGCCUCACCUUAAUUAUAUUUGCAAAGACCCUUUUUCCAGGUGAGGUCAGAUUCACAGGUAUUGGGGGUUUGGACUUGGAUGUAGCUUUCUGGGGGACAGAGUUCUACCAACUGCAGUUAAGAAGUGUAUGUUUGCCUGCAGAACAUGAACCAAUGGGGUCUUAAGCGUGCUCCUCUGACAAUGUCCCAGAAGAUGGGGGCAUCAGGGCAAAAGAUGUAGAUGAAGAACAAGUAAUGAGAAAAGAGGUUGCUCCAACAUACCCUGGAGACUGGCCACCUCAGCAUCUCAGCUCUAUUUCCUGCUUCAAGGAAAACCAUGUGUGCCCUCCAUGCUCUCAGAACAGCAUGGAUAGGGAAUUGUGGGACUUGCCUGAAACAUAUUUGAAAAGUUGAUCAGAAUGAAGUCAGGAAUGGAAUUUGGGUCUGAGUCUGCCAGGUGUCUCUGCCUCAAGAAUAGAAAAGCAUGUCUUUCUGGAACAAGUCAGUACAUUCUAGGAAAUGACCAGUAGCCAGGGACUGUGGAGCAAAGUGCAAACAUUGGCCAGAGAAGAACAGAGCAAGGGCCAGUCAGGGUCAUGAUUCAGAGUGAGGAAAACUGACCUAGCCAAGGAGAAGGCUAAUGCCUUGCAUCUGUGUACUGCUGUGCUCCCAAGGCCCAGACGAAUGCCUAAUCCAUCAGAGGUGUUCAGUAAGGAUUUGUUGUGGGAAUGAGUCUGCAGAGGAGGACACCGGAAACGAGAGGGGCCUACAGUCUGUGUUCUCCAUGUACCUUUCCUGCAUAUUCUGGAACUAUCCGGAGCCCAUCUGAAUUGCCCCUAGAGCUGGUUUCCUCCUCUGUAAAGGGCAGUACCUACCCCUACCUGCAGAAGGGGAGACACUGCCUGCCUCACAGCAUUGUGAGACCAAUGAGGGAAUGUGUGUGGAGGAGCUUCUCUAAACUCAAGUUCUAUCAUGAAAUCACUGCCAAGACCAAUGCCAUGAAGCUUUUCUCCUGUGUGUUCUUCUAGAAGUGUUAUAGUUCUGGGUCUGAACAUUUAGGUAUUUAAUCUAUUCACUUUUGCUAUUAACGGGGGGAGGGAGGGAGGCAAGGAGUGGCUUAUUUUCCAGCAAGGCAUUUCAGCCUUGUGUUGCAGUUUUUUUUAACACUAGAAAGGGCUAUAUAAUGGUACAUGCUGGGCAGCCCCGGUGGCGCAGUGGUUUAGCACUGCCUGCAGCCCAGGGUGUGAUCUGGAGACCCUGGAUCGAGUCCCAUGUCAGGCUCUCUGCAUGGAGCCUGCUUCUCCCUCUGCCUGUGUCUCUGCCUCUCUCUCUCUCUUUGCAUCUCUAUGAAUAAAUAAAUAAUAAAAUCUUAAAAAAAAAUAAUGGUACAUGCUAUGGAUUACUUUCCCAAAGGUCACCAGGGUACCCUCACUUCCUAGCCCACAGCCUCUUUCUUACUCAAUCCUAAUCCAUCUUGAACUUCUUUGGGAUGUUAAAUCCACUUCAAUUUGUUUUUAAAGAUUUUUAUUUAUUUAUUAAAUAAAAUAUUUAUUUAUUUAUUUAUGAGAGACACAGAGAGAGAGAGAGAGGCAGAGGGAGAAGCAGGCUCCAUGCAGGAAGCCUGAUGUGGGACUCGAUUCUGGGUCUCCAGGAUCACGCCCUGGGCCGAAGGCAAGCGGUAAACUGCUGAGCCACCCAUGGAUCCCCAAUCCACUUCAAUUCUUAACUCACCUUCUUUUCAGCUUCCAUGAAACUGAAAUCUAAUGGGUUUUGUCCUACAUAGGUCCACUUGUUCAUUCCUCCUUCCACUGAGAUACUGUGUUCCAAGAAUCUGGGUUUUUGUUCCCUUUCUUCCUCCUCAACCAUUUUUUCUAGUCUAUAUCAGCUAAAAGAUUUGUGUGUGCCAAACUCCCUUAACCCCCUUCCAAGCUCCAGUCUUCACAUUACUUAUGGUCUUCUCAGGGCCAGUAAUCACCCCAGACAUGCUGGAAAAGAUAAACUGAAGCACAUUAGCUUUUGGAAGAGCUUAUUGGCACAAAUAUCAAUUUUAAUUGAGCAGUGCUGACCCAAAAGUGGUUAGGAGUGCUCACCUGAUAGGAGCUGGGGCAAGGUUUCACAGGGAAGUCACUGAAGCAAAGCAAGGCAAUUAUGUGAUUGGUUAUACUUAAGCAGUCACCUUACUUAGAAAGCCUAGUUGGCUGCUUUUGAUGGGUUCUAAAGUUUCACUUGCCUGGAUUUGAGUUCUUUGGCUCUGGCCUAAGUUUUGUUUUGCUUAUGGAGGCUAUUAUGGUUUUAGCACCACCCCAGUUUAAUGGCCUACUUGUCUGAAUACUUUAACAAUACCCUCUGUGUUCCCAAAUUCUGUUAAUGGCACCACGGGGUCACCUAAGGCAGAAACCUCAGUAAUCCUCAAUAACUCAUUCUUCCUCACUGCCUGUAGUCAAUCAUUGGCAGAUCAUGUCAUUCCCUACCAAUGACAGGCUAUGUUUUCCAGGCAUGGAUGCGACUUCUAUGAUGCAUGCCCUUCUAGACUCCCAUCAAGAGAUGGGUUUUGUAAUCUCCUUGAACUUAGAUAGACCUGCAUUCCUGCCUGGAUCAGUAGAGUACAGAAGAAGUAGUGAUAUUUGUCUUUGGAGAUGAAAUCACAAAUACCAUCUCACUGUUUUUGGAAUCCUCAUUCUUGGAACCAACCACCAUGCUAUCAGGAAGCCCAGGCUUUCCCUGUGGAGAGGCUCACUUGGAAAGGAACCAAUGCCUCCAGCCCUCAGCCCUGGCUAAGCUCUUAGCCAACAUCCAGAAACAACUUACCAACCAUGUGAGUAAGCCAUCUUGGAAAGAGGACCCUCCAGCUCCUGGUUGAUCUUCCUCAGAUGAUGCUGUAUGAAACAGAGACAAGCCCUGGCCAAAUUGCAGAUGUGAAUUUGUGAAAAAUACAUGAUUGUAGUUUUAAGCUACUAAGCUUGGGGGUGGUUUGCUAUGGAGUAAUAGAUAACUGAUAUAAUAACUCUGAAAUGUCUCUUAAAUCUGUUGCCAUCUCUCCAAUUCCCUGAGUCAGGCCCCCAUUACCUUGCUUCAACUGAGAGACAAUCUGCCUCAUGCCAUCUGGUAGUAAAGCUCUGCUCACAAUAGUAAGCACCACCGAAUGCCGAUUUAUCUAAAAUGCUAAGGUGCUUUGAAUUAUGUUAUUUAAUCCUUAACAAUUCCACAAAGUAGUUUGAAGCUGAAUAAGUUUAAGUAGCAAAGUCACUUGACUUAACUUCUCUCUUUUACAGUGGAGGAAAUGAUGCUCAGAAAGGGCAUUUAUCCCAAGAUUCAAACCCAAGUCUUUCUAAGUCCAAGGUCACUUCUUGACCUUGCUCAUUAAUUUCUAGUAGCACCUGUUACUCAUGUGGCACACAAUGUGGUCAUGACACGUGCACAAUGUGCAGAUUUGGUUCUGUGUGAGGCCUCAGGUCCAGGCAUGUGAAUCUUAUGGGGGCAGGAGGGAGAAAAUCAGGCUGUCAGCCAGUCUAGGCUCCCGCCGUAGUCACUUACACUUGCCAGAACCUGGUUCCCUCAACCAAAAACAGAUGAUUGAACCAGCCCAGAUUAGAGCUCUCUUCCUGCUCUCUGUGUAAUGUGGAAACUGUCCUCUUGUACUUUUGUACUUCCUGCCUCUCUGAGAACCCCAGCGCCUGAGGUUCACAUCAGGGCUCAUGUCUCUGCUUCCAAGAAGGUGAAAGAAGAUGAGAGACUCAGAGAUAGAUGCUCUAGCAAAUGUUCUCCACCUACCACUUUGUCAGAACUAGCUCUCUGUUGUGAAAUAAAUGCUUUUCUGCAGUUCUAGGAGAAGGAACACCUUCUUCUGUUAUCUCUGUGGUGCUGUUCCCAGUGGCUUUGUGAGGCCAAGCACUGGAGUGUCCCUAGUUAGCACUGAGAGGAGCAAAGAAAGUUGCCUGAGAACCUGACUGACACACUUGCUUCCCAAUUAUGUUGCAUGCUAUUUGGACAUUAGAGCAACAGACCAUUAAAGCACGGUUUGCCAAAGCCAAGUUCAAUCACCGUGGAGGCUAAUCACCUCUGCCCACUUAACCUUAACCUCUUCCAGUUCUGUGGCUUUGGGUUGUAGUAUUUGAAAGGGAAGGUUCUGAGGAGUUGUUUUUUUUUUUUUUUUUAAGAUUUUACUUAUUUAUUCAUGAGAGACACAGAGAGUGAGGCAGAGACACAGGCAGAGGGAGAAGCAGGCUCCAUGCAGGGAGCUGGACGUGGGACUCGAUUCCGGGUCUCCAGGAUCACGCUAAAGGUGGCGCUAAACCGCUGAGCCACCCGGCCUGCCCAGGAGUUUGUUUUUAAAUGGUUUUUACACACCUUUCUUCUUGACUUGUGGACAUUUUACAGAAAUUGAUUGAAAACCUGAGAUGAUUUAAAUAUGAAGGAGCAAGAGUCCUCACCAGGACUUUUUUUUGUUCAAAAAGUUAACCAAUGGCAAAAUAGGUUUCUCCCUGGAAUCUUCUGAGUUUUGUCCAGAAUUCUACCCCUUUGAAUUUAUUGAAAUGUGGUUUCUCUUUUAGUUCCUGGUUCCUUUUAUUGUUUUUAUCUUGGCGCUAAUCUCUGUUUACCCAGGUUCUGACAUUUCUACCCCAGAAUUAAUUACCCCAGAUGGUCUGCUCUCCUGUUUUUUCCAAGCAAACAAAGUGGGCAGGAAAUAUGAGUUUCCUGAGCAAAUUGGCCUUCCGUUUUAGUAUGAGACUUUGCCUUUUAGAAGCUUGCUUAUUUUAUGUCUACCUUUUCUAUUAAUAACUGAUUAAAGAUUUUUUCAUUUGGAUCUAAUUAGAUCUUACCUUUUCCCAUUUAAAAUUUAGUCCUAAUAUUUUGCCUUUUUCUUCCCUGAGUCUCCUUCAUAGAAUCCACUGCUCUAUUGAAUUUGAACUGUGACAUCCUCUCUGUUGACUAGCUCCUUGCUCGGAAUAGCUUCUCCACAGCUGGAACUUUGACCUCAGAUUUCUUCUCACUUUUAGGCACUUCCCUUGACAUGACAGUGUGAGUGAGCUCUCAUGAGCCUUGCCUCUUGGAGUUUCACACAGAUGGGUCACUCCUGACCUUGGUGAGUCAUUCAAUGACCAGAAGUUGCUUCUCUCCUCCACCUCAGCACCAAGUGUGCUGUUCUUUGAAGGGUAUCACCUCUUUCUGCCUUUCUGCAAGGCAGCAAUCUGGAAACGGCUGCCUUAAAUGUAGGGACCACUAAGGUCUUCCCUCCACAUGUUACCCAGAUCACCAAUGAUAACCCAGUCCCGAAACACUGCCCCUCUGCCUAAACUAGAGUUAGGCCAGGCUGGACACGGUAGCUUCCUCUCUAGUUGCAGACACUUUCUGUAUCAGGAAAAAUCUCCCCAAAAUCUGUCGUCAGGCUGGACUUUUCCUCUUCUCUGUCUCCUCACACCCUCACUUCCAUCCAUCCAUUCAGUGUCUAUAGACACCAACUGUGUGCCAGUCAUGCUGGUCUUUGGACACCACCAGGGAAGUGACCGUGGUAGCAUGCUAAGUGCUGACUCAGGACACGGCAAAGACUUCCCAGUCUAUAAAGGGGAGUGAAAAAAAUAAAAAUAAAGGGGAGUGAAGGCUCAGUGAUGGCCCCACAUGAAGGCUGCUCAAGCUGAGUGUUGAAAGAUUGUUUGCAGUUCAUCUGUGAACAUCCUCCAUUCUGUCUACUUUGUACCAGAGGACUGCUCUCGGGGGAAAUAAGCUUGGCGGGAUGGUCAGCAGAAAACCCUAGCAGACACCACCUUAACCCAGUGAUCAAAUUAACAUCCCCAGCAUUUGUACAACACAGCACUUCUGUGACGUUUCUACCCACAGUGCAUUACCUGAAUCUAAUUAUGAAGAAAUGAGAGAAAAGCCCAGAUUGAAGCCCAUCCUGCAAAACAGCUGGCCUGUGCUUUUCAAAAAGAUCGAAGGUGUGGAAGACAAAGACUGAAGGAAAUAAAAGAAAGACUAAGGACCUGUCCCAGUUAAAGGAGGCCAACAAGACAUGACAACUGGAUGCAGUGCAUGGUCCGGGACUUUUCUUUUGUUGUAAUGGACAUCGCUGGGACAAUUGGCAAAAUCCGAAUAUUACCUGCAGGUUACAGCAUUGUUUUAUCAAUGUUAAUUUCCUGACCUUGAUAAUUGUACUGUGGUUAUGUAGGAGUUCCUAGGAAAUACACAGUGGAGUCUCUGAGGGGAAAGGGGUAUCGUGUUUAAUUUAUUCUCAAAUGGUAGUAGAGAAAGUGUGUGUGUGUGUGUGUGUGUGUGGAGAGAGAGAGAGAGAGAGAGAGAGAGGCCAGGGGAGAUAAAGCAAAUGUAAUCAUGUUAACAUUUGGGGAAAUCUGGGUGAAGAGUAUAAAAGAAUUCUUUAUACCAUUCUUGCAACUAAUAUUCUAUAAGUCUGCAAUAUCUAAAACAAUUUUUUUAGGAGUGCAUGGGGUGGUUCAGUCUGUUAAGCAUCCAACUCUUGGUCAUGACCUCAGAGUCAUGGCAUCAAGCCCCAUGUCCCGCUCCUCACUCAGCAAGGGAGUCUGCUUGAGAUUUUCUCCCGCGGCCCCUUUGUCCACAUGAUCUCCCUCUGUCUCUCUAAAAUAAAUAAUUUUUUUAAAUGUUUUUUAAACAACUGGUGGGUCCUGGGUGCCUGGGAAUUCCAAGGAUUUAGUAGAAUACAGUGUCUGACAAAUCCCUAGUCAGCUACACAGACAGAGCCAGACUUCUCACAGGUGCCUGCAGUUUCUAUCUCAUCAAUCAGCUUCCCCCUCAAACAGUAGUCCUUCGUUAGCUGAAUCCUUUCUGCAAAACAGGGGUUCUUAGCCUGUUUCUGUCGAAUGAUCUGUGGAGGCAGAAAAUCAUAAGGCUUGUGUUUUCUCCAUUGUAGAAAAUUAAACUCUAUAUUCUCUCCA